AUGAAAGAGAAUAGCAACCCUGUCGCAGUUAGUAAUGGAAAUGCGAACCCUGCUGCAGAUUCUCAAAGGAUGCUUUCCUCUUCUACUGGUGCAUAUGCUGCUGGACGUCCUUUGGAGGAUGCAGAAUCUCGAACCAUCUUUGUUAACAAUGUCCAUUUUGCUGCUACAAAAGAUAGUCUUUCUCGACAUUUCAACAAGUUUGGGGAAGUGCUAAAAGUGGUGAUACUUACUGAUGCAGCAACUGGGCAACCUAAAGGGUCGGCUUAUGUAGAGUUCACACGGAAGGAGGCGGCAGACAAUGCAUUAUCUCUGGAUGGCACCUCCUUCAUGUCCCGGAUCCUUAAGGUUGUGAAGAGGGGCGCUGCACAUCAAGAAGCAGCUCCUGUCAUCACAUGGCCACGGAUUGCCCGGGGAUCGCCGUUUGCCACUGCGAGGUUUGCUAGGUCGCCUUUCCCAAGAGGCAUGUCUGGUGCAUAUAGGCCUCGUCCCCUAAUCAAACCUGGUGCCAGGAGCAUGCAGUGGAAGCGGGAUACUCAAGCCACUCCAGGUGAGAGUGGUGCUCCAGUCACUGGCAAUCCUGUUCCUUCACCGACAGCUCGUAGUCUAACCUACGUGCGAACAGAACCUAAGCCAGAGGGCAACUAG